ACACUGUAGCGUGUAACAGCUCGAAUGUUUAAUGCAGUUCAAACCGGUUAGAUAUUUCACCUUAUAAUUUGCCUGCAAGGAGAGCAGGAUGUUAUUUAGCGGUUGUCGAUAGAGGGGUGAACAACCAAAGAUGUCCAGCCAAGUCCUUACUCCCCCAGAAAAUGUCACUCUUCCAGAUAAACCCAUUUUGUUGGAAGAUCCCUCGGAGUAUCGACCCGAGCAUAAAAAGAAGGAAGAUUUCCGGAAUUUUAACAUCCAUACUACCCCAGCUCAUGUAGUGGAGACUUACCGACAAAUGCACACUAAACAGACACUGGAGUAUGUCCGGCAAAAAAUGGAAUACUGGGGAAAGUUUGAUCACGCUGAAAUGACAAUUAUGGAGGCCCUUGCUUGUUUGAACUCAUUUAAAGACGAAAGUGACCCAGAUGUCGACAUUCCUAACGCAUAUCACGCAUUCCAAACGGCGGAGGGAAUUCGGGAGAAACACCCCGACAAAGAAUGGCUGCAGGUUACGGGGUUGAUCCACGACCUUGGAAAGGUCAUGGCUCUUUGGGGAGAGCCCCAGUUCUCCACAGUCGGGGACACAUUUGUCGUCGGCUGUGCUCCAGACGACAGCAUAGUAUUUGGGCGGGAAAGCUUUAAAGACAACCCAGACAUGUAUGACGAGAAACUGAACACGAGGCUGGGGAUCUACGAGGAGAACUGUGGCCUGGACAAAGUGUUGAUGUCGUGGGGUCACGACGAGUUUAUGUACCGGGUACUGAUGAACCACCCCCACAGUCUGCCAGACGAGGCACUCUACAUCAUCCGCUUCCACUCAUUCUAUCCUUGGCACACCAGCGACGCCUACUCCUAUCUAUGUAACAACAAGGACAUGGAGAUGAAGAAAUGGGUGCUGGAGUUCAACCAAUUCGACCUAUAUACCAAACGUUCCGAUCUUCCGGAUGUCGAAAGUCUUGCCAAGUAUUAUUCAGACUUGGUGGAAAAAUUUGUCCCGGGAAAAGUCCGCUUUUAGGACCUUUCUGUGACGGACAAUUUUGAAUUCAUAAACAGAAACAAAAUGUAACUGUACUGCUGUGGGAUUUGAGUUGUGUAUUUUCAUUCUAUGAAUGUAAACUGCCAUUAUUUAUGCAAACAAUUUACUGUUUGUGAAAGCAUAUCAUUUAUGAAAUGUUGUGAUAACUGUCUUAUUGUAUUAUACAAUACAAAUUGUUUUAUACGGACCGUGAGCACUUUUACUGGUACACGUCGUCACAAUAAAAGAGGGGGUAAUCUAAUGAC